AGUAGUCUCUUUGCUUUCAUUCUGCUCCGUAUCUUCUAAAGAGAACGAUCACCCUGGAAGGCUGGAGCAGGUUCCUGAAGGACUCAUUGACACCAGGAUGUUUUCAAUAGGCCAGAACGAGAAGAUUUCCCAUGAGGCUCUUUUGAAUCACUUCAAGGAAAAUAAGGUGGAGAUAGCAAAUGCAAUAACAAAGCCAUUUCCUUUCCUUGAAAGCCUCAGAGACCGCUCCUUUAUCACGGAAGACCUCUAUAAUAAAUCUCAGGAAGCCCACAGAAACUUAAUUCCUGUAGAGAAAGUGGCAUAUGAUGUCCUCUGCUGCCUUGAGAAGACCUUUGAUAGGUCACUUCUACAAGUCCUGUUCAGCAGGGUUCAUCUGAAGGAGUAUCCUGCCUUAAUUCAUGUUCUUAGAAUCUUCAAAAAUGUAAUUGAAGACAAAUAUUUUCCCCAGGAAGAUGAUAGUGAGGAGACACAAAAACUGCCCAGCACUGAGCCAAGCUGUGAACAAGGGACAGAGCUCUCCAGAUCUGAAAACCCAGUACAAUCUUGUGUUGUGGAUCUGGUGAAUAUACAGAAGACGAUUGCAUCUUGUCACCUCAGAACUAACCAAGAAGGCCAGCCAGCAGGGAUAGCGUGUGACCAAGCAUCAGAAAUAAUCAUGAUCAGCAGUGAAUCCAGCGAGGAAGAAGAGCCCCCAGAAGCUCUGAGCUCAGCACCAGGACAAGGGCCGGAUGAGAAGAGCGAGGGCUGCUAGCUUUGGGCUACAGACCAUCAGGCAUCUGAAUUCAGAGGUCCUGCUUCCUGACGUGUUGUACUAGGAGAGCACUCUACAGCCGAUGGCCCAGUCGAUGCUGGGAACACAUUCUCUGUACUUACCUCGUGUGCCAUUUUGAAAAAUGUGGCAGACAAGAUCCUAUCACUGAAUAUGUAUGUUCAUAUAUCAACACUGGAGUAGAAACAAACUAGCAUAUUUCUAUUUGUUGUUUUUCCUUCCACGUGAUCUUGGCUCUUGUGGUAUGAUAAAAAAAAAAAAAAGGCAUUUGGUCUUUGUUUCUACUUCCUGGCACCCAGUUUCCCAGACCCUUGAAAUUUCCUGAGCAGUGAGAGGGUGUCUAUGAGAGUUACAGGGUUAGAACUUUCGGUUUCACCCCUCAACCUCUGGGGAGAAAUGAGAGGUGGGAGAUUAAGUUCAAUUGCCAAUGGCCCAUGAUUUAACCAGUGUACUUACAUGAUUAAACCUUGGUAGUAAAAAACCCUGAACAAUGGGGUUGGGAGCCCCUGACUUUGUAAAUACGUUGAUGUGCUGGGGGGUUGCAUGCUGGAGAGAGCGUGGAAGCCCUGGCAUCCACGUACCUUGCCCUAUCUAUCUCUUCCAUUUGGCUGUUCUUGAGUUGCGG